AGAGAGAGAGGAGGGGAAAGCAGAGCUUAAGCGAAAGAAGGUUAGCCCAGCAGUGAGUUAAGAAAAUGGCGAUCAUGCAGGACGGAUGCCUCCCCCCGCAGAUGCUGCAAACGCGUUGAAAAUUUCUUUUUUUUUUUUUAGCCUUACAGCCGGCUUUCCUUUCCACUCUGUUGCACUUUAUACUUCAAUGAGAGAUUCGGAAUUGGAAGCUGUUGCCACCAAAGAAGCAGAAGCAUCUAAACAGGGUACAUACCCAUAGAGGGAAGAACAGUGGAUGGAAGAGAGAGAGAGACGGAGAGUGUGAAGAGGAAGAAGGAUAAGACGAUACAGGUCUGGUCAAAAGUGCCAGAGCAUACCAAGUGAAGGCAGAGUCCGAAAUCUACAACGCACCCCCCCUUCCCCCUCCCCAAACACACACAUACACACCAAAACGCACACACUUACAGUCCUCAGCAAUGCCAAGGAGGCCUGAUCAGCCUGCUGCCCGCUCUGACAAGCCCUGCCUCUUCACCUCAGACCCUUGAGGCUACGCCCUCUGAACUUCAAACUUUGGCCUCCCCUUCGGCGACCUGGGAACCAAAGGUCACCUGUUCGCCACUGAACGCGGGGACACCCUCCUGCCCAGCCGGGAGCUGCUGCCAGGAGCCGCACUCACAGACAUGGCUCCCAUUCGGGAUUCCGUCAGCCACUCCCCUAAUCAAACAGGUCUGGAGCAUCCUGGCUUGGACUCCCAGUAUGAGCCUUCCCCCUGGUCCUCUGGCUCUCCCUGCAGCAGUGACAGCAACAGCAACUGGGGCAAAGUCCUAGUGGAUGGAAGCACUGACAAACCCAACAACCCGUCUUCAACUAACUCCUCUGUUUGGCCUCCCCCCUCCUCUUCCUUCUCCUGCUCCUCGUCUUCUUCCUCCUCUGGCUGCGGGUCGGGAUCAGACCCUGAGCUGGCAUCAGAAUGUAUGGACGCAGACUCUAGCUCCUCGAUUGGCUCAGAGAAAAACCUUGCCGCUGUGACGACAGUGAUGAUGAUGUCGGGAAAUGCUUCUCCUUCUGUGUCAUCAGCGGCUUCUCCGCCAAUCUCCCCUUUGGUGACUUCCGCGAUGAUGGUCGGUGUUUCAGUGAACGGAGACAGCAACGGAAACAGUCGUCAAGUAAUUGGUGGAGGUAUGGGAGCCAUCAGCGGUGCAAAUAAUGGAAAUAAUCACAUUUCUGGGCCCUCGCACUACUCCAUGGCAGGGUCCAGUAGUAUUGGCAGCAAUAACAUGGGUACCCACAACAACAAGCCCGUCAAUAACAGUGGUGUGUGGGGCACCCAAUCAGGCAGCAACAUGAUCCCCACUGGCGGAAACAACCCCUGCGUCAAUGGAGGGGUGAACCCAAACACUUUAAAUCCAAAUGCCAACCACGGUGCCUGGCCGCAGAAUCCAAGCCCAGCGUCCCAGGGCCAACGGCCUUCACAGGCUCAGGGGAUGAGUUCUAAACUGGGUAUGACUCCCCAACAGGGCCCCAUCCUGGGCUGGGGUGGCAUGGCAGCUCCAAACAACAGCAGUAUGAUGGACGACACUGAGGUGAAUAAUGGUACAGCAAGCAGCAAGGUGUUAGGAAGCAGCAACAGUGGAAAUGGUGGUUUGCAGCCUACCAACCUGAACACUGAAUCCAAUGGACCAAAUAACACUAUAAUGAUGAAUACUACUACUACUACUACUAACGCCACAAUGACCUCUAGUCCACCAAACUCUACCGCCUCACCCCAGCUCAGCGGGGAUUGUUCCUGGGGAUCUAUAGGAGGAGGUAAUGGGGGUCCACUGGCUAAUGGAAUCUCCUCAUCAGCCCCCCAGCAACCCAAAGGUGAGCUUGGGGGUCCUGGGGCCUUCGGUACGCCAUGGGGCACCACUUCCUACCCUGGAGACAAGGGCCACCAAAAUGCAGACACUGUGAACCCCCAAAACCCUGCCUUAAUGCAGGCUGGGAAUCCCCCAAUCUCCUCUUCUGCUGCUAACAAGAGUAAUAAUAACCACAAUAACACUGGGGCCCCACGCUGGGACCAGGGGCCUGCAACUAACCCAAACCAGCCUCAGAACAACAUGUCCUGGGGGGUUGGUCUAUAUCAAGCCACUGGCUCUGCCGGCCAAACACCAGGAAAUGGCAACCAAACCACAAUGGGCCCUCCAGCAGGGAUACCUCGCCCCUGGGGGAGCAGCACAUCGUCUUCUUCCUCGUCCUCAUCAUCCUCUUCCACAUCUAACAACAAGAUGUCAAAUGGAGACUGGGGAUCAGCAGCUCCUGGUAACAACCAUGCAGAUGCUGGAAGUCAUAAAGGAAACUCUGCCAACAAUGGCUGGAAGAGCCUGGAGGAUGACGCCAUGGGCAUGGGAGGUGGAGGUGGAGGUGGAGGUGGAGGUGUAGUGGGUGGAGGUGGAGCCCAAGCCUUGGGAAGUGUCACAGGAGUUUGGGGUCGCUCGGGAGGAAGUGAGGGAAGUGGAGAGAGCUCUGGAGGCCGAUCAGGCUCAGACAGAGACCAGACAAAAGUGGGAAACCGUAGAAAAGGCCCCCUUGCUGCACCAGUAGUGUCAGCCGUGCCCCAGGGCGAUGUGGAUCCGAGGGUUCUGUCCAACACUGGAUGGGGACAGACACCCAUACGGCAGAACACCGCCUGGGAUGUCAAUUCUCCUCACAAUCAGCACCAAGGUCUAAGAGGUGACGUACGAAAGCCAAACAGCGGAGGCUCAGGCUGGGGCACAGCAACACCAGCAGCUCCAUCCCAGACCUCUGGAGGUUGGGGAAACGGUUCAGGCAGCUCAGGUCCAGGUACAGGUGGAUCUGGCUGGGGAGAGCGGCCUACUUCUGGAUGGGACAGCAAACCCUCAGCAGGUGGAGGAUCUGGUCAGAGUGGCUGGGAUGAUGGAUCCAGCUACAAAGGGAACAACAACAGCAGUAACACCUGGAGCAAUAACAUCAACAAAGAUGACAGGUCCAACACAUGGACUAAUGCCCCCAAAUCGCAGCAGGGCUGGAGUUCCAACACUGGAAAUGGAAGUGAAGGAUGGGGGAAAGGUGGCGAUGGUGCCAGACCAGGGGCCAGCAGUCACUGGGGGGAGCCCCAGAAAGGUGCCGGCUCAGCGAGCUGGGACAGCGACAGUGACCGCUCCGGCUCUGGAUGCUGGAGCGAGCCUAGCCGAACCAACACCAGCAGCAGCAACACCUGGGUUGGGAGCGGAGGAUCAAAUACACCUGACCAGAGCACUCCAAACCCAGGUUCCAACUGGCGUGACUCAGUCCACAAACACAAUCCUCAGAGUAACAGCCAGGGCUGGGGUGAGCAGAAUCCCAAGCCCUCCAAUGAGUGGGGAAAAGGUCCUGAAUCCAACAUGUCCAGAGGCAAUCAAGGCUCCAGCAAGCCCACAGGCUGGCUGGGAGGUCCCAUACCUACAGUAGGUCAGAAGGAGGAGAUGUCAUCCGGGUGGGAAGAGCCUUCUCCAGAGUCGAUUCGUCGGAGGAUGGAGAUCGAUGAUGGGACGGCAGCUUGGGGAGAACCUGGUAAAUACAGUGGUGGACCUGCCACCAAGUGGAACAGGACUGGCCAAUCAGCUCAGGAGGCUGUGGGCCCAUCCUCUCAGCACCAAUCCCACCCAGCACACAUUGUCAAGCAUCCCCCUCAGCAACCCCCGAACCCUAUGGCACAGGACAAAAGCUGCACUUCUAGCUGGGGCGAGCCUUACCAGAAACCCAAAGAGUCUUCAACAUGGGGCGAGCAGACCAAUGCUCCACCUGUGUCAGUGGACAACGGGACGUCUGCCUGGGGUAAGCCCAUGGACACCAGCUCCACCUGGGAGGAACCCAGCAGAGGCAACAGAGACUCUGGACCUGGAUGGGGCAACCAGCAUAAGUCUGCUCCAGGUCCUAAGCCAAUGGAGACAUGGUGUGGUGAAGAGGGGUCCAUGAACAGCUGGGACCAGGAAGAGGAGGUGGAGAUCGGCAUGUGGAACAACAGUCAACAGGACAACCGGUCCCAUGACCAAAACACCUGGAACUACAAGAAUAAAACCUCCAACAAGAUGAACAAACCAGUCAACAAACAGGAUGAACCCUGGAUGAAACCCUUCGUCAACCAGUUCAACAACAUGAACUUCUCUAGAGACUCUCCCGACGACUCCAUGAAGACAGGAGGUGGGAUGAUGCAGGACAAGCGUAUGGACAUGGGCAGCAUUGGAGACUACAACGGAGUGAUGGGGAAGAACCCCGGGUCCCGACACCAGCUCCACAAGGACUCAGCCAUGGAUCGCAGCCCUUACUAUGACAAGCUGUCUAUGUCCUCCUCUGCUUACGAUAGCCAAGCCUCUGAUGAGCUUUCCUCCAAUCAAAGCAUGAGCUUUUCCCCUUCCAAUUCUGCUCUGCCUGUCCCGGGUCUCGACUCGGGGCCGUCCCCUUCCCACUCUGGUCCUGGGGUCACUCGGCAGAAUGUAAACCCUAUGAUGGGUGGCAGCAGCGUAGCACAGGGCCGAGGUGGCCCCCAGUCCCAGGUCCCUCCCCAACCCAACCUUCGUAAUCAAGUGCCUCCCCCCAUCCUCCCCUCUCAGAAAGACUAUGUGAACUUCAACCAGAACUGUGUUUUUGGUCAGGUCCCUCCUUCCCUGCUAAAGUACCCAGGAGGUAACGGAGGCCUGAACCCUCUGUUCGGCCCUCAGCAGGUGGCUGUGCUCAAUCAACUCUCCCAGCUCAACCAGCUGUCUCAGCUCAACCAGAUCAAACAGUUACAGUGUCUUCUCCUCCAGCAGCAGCAGCAGCAGCAGCAACAGCAGCAGCAGCAUCAGAAAGCUCAAAGCCAGAGAGCCAUGCCAGUGGGACGACCCACUGAACAGACACGUCCUAUUGGUUCGUCUCCUUCGAUGAUGCAGCCACCACGUCACCUGGACCCCUCCCUGCUGAAACAGGCCCCGCCCCUAAAACCGUACUUGGAGAGCUACUUGUCCCACAACGCUCCUGAGAUGCAGAAGGACACUUCUGGUCUCGGAUCCAUCAGCAACUUCCCUUUAAGCUUGAACUCUAACCUGAAUGUAUCCAUGGACAUGGGCGUGGGCGUGGGCGGUGGUAGUAGUGGAGUUGGAGCUAUGAGCUACAAAGAGCCACCCCAGUCCAAACUGAAGAAACUUUGGGCUACUGACCCUCUGGAGCAGAACAGCAAACCUGGUGCUAUGUCGUCUGGUCUGCGUCUGGAGGACUCUCCUUUCUAUGACUACCUGUCUCCUGGCCCCUCCCCCCUGAGUCCUCCCGGCCAGUCAAUGGGCUCUGUGGGUGAUGGCUGGCCUCCCCGUGCCAACUCCCCCCCGCCCCAUGGAAACACUGUCACCUGGCCCCCAGAGUUCCGGCCCGGGGAGCCUUGGAAAGGUUACCCCAACAUUGACCCUGAGACUGACCCUUAUGUGACCCCCGGCAGUGUCAUCAACAACCUCUCUAUCAACACCGUCCGUGACACAGAUCACCUCAGGGACAGGAACAACGGGCCAUCCUCAUCACUGAACACCACGAUGCCUUCUAACAGUGCCUGGUCAUCCAUUCGUGCCUCCAGCCACAGCGGUUCCCUCACCAGUACAGCACAAAGCACUUCAGCCAGACCCAAUGAGUCAAAAUGGUCUCCCGGCGGCGGUUCUGUGUCCAACUCCUCCCUGGCUCACGAGCUGUGGAAGGUCCCCCUGCCUCCCAAGGCUCUGUCUGUGGCGGCCCCCUCCAGACCCCCACCCGGCCUCACCAGCCAAAAGCCCAGCUCUGCCUCCUCCGGCUGGGACGGCUCUGCCCUGAGGCUGGGGGGUUGGGGCUCCUCUGAGUCCAGAUACACCCCUGGUUCCAGCUGGGGUGACAGCAGCAGCAGCUCAGGGAGAUCCCAAUGGCUUGUUCUGAAAAAUCUCACACCGCAGAUCGACGGCUCCACCCUGAGGACUCUGUGUAUGCAGCACGGCCCUCUGAUCACAUUCCACCUCAACCUGCCACAUGGCAAUGCUGUGGUCUGCUACAGCUCUAAAGAUGAGGCCGCCAAGGCCCAGAAGAGCCUGCACAUGUGUGUUUUGGGGAACACGACCAUCCUGGCCGAGUUUGCCAGCGAGGAGGAAAUCAACCGUUUCUUUGCACAAGGGCAGUCAUUGACCACCCCCUCCUCCAGCUGGCAGACCGUCGGCUCCUCUCAGAGCAGGAUGGAUCAGUCUCACCCCUUCCCCAGCCGCGCUCCUGAACCCAACCAGUGGAACAGCAGCGACCUCCACAGCUCCUCCCUCUGGGGCGGGCCAAACUAUUCCAGUAGCCUGUGGGGGAGCCCCAGUUGCACCGAGGUGGGCCGGAUCAGCAGCUCCUCUCCAAUCAGCUCCUUCCUCCCAGUGGAUCACCUGACAGGGGGCGGGGACUCCAUGUGAGCCGCCUGCUAAUCAAACAGGUGCAAGGAAGGGUCAGUAGAGAAUUUAUCAAUAAUCAGCAGAAGAAAAUGGGGGAAAAAAGUAAUUAUAAACGCAAUGGCACUAGUCGGACUCUCUCUCACUUACAAUAUAUUCAACAAAACGGGGUCUCCCUGUGGAAAACAAGUUACGUUUCUCUCUCUGCACAUAUGUCCACUUUGUGUUAGCCCAAAAACAUAUCAGUUGGAAUACUUGAAUCAUGCAGGCCAAUUCUAUAAUGUGAACAGAUGGAUAUUUGCUUCCAGGUAGUGCUCUUUCAGACCGAAAAAAAGCUUCAAUCGAGCUCAUUAUAUUAUAUAUAUUUUUUGUUUCAUUCGUCAUGUUUAUUUGAAUUCCAAUUCUUUUCAUUUUUAACUUUUUCUUUUUAAUUUUUUUUUUUUUGCAUUUGUUGGCUGACAAUGUUGGAGUAUGAGCUUUUUUAACUUUGCACUGAAUGUGGUUUUUUUCUCAGUAUAUAUAAUCUGCAAUAUAGAGGGAGCAGCCAGUUUUUCCAGUGUAGCUGUUUACUCAUUGCGGUCCUUACCGUAUGUGUGUAUGCGUGUGCACGCGCACGUGUGUGUGUGUGAAAGUACUCUGUGUGUGUGUGUGUGUGUGUGUGAGAUCGCGUGUGUGAACGAGUAUGUGUGCGCUCCUCUCUGCCUUGGCACGCCUACCUUACUGCGUUGUCUUGGAGUUCAAGAUCAACAGAUAGUUCAAGAAGAAUAAAAGCUGACUUAGGAGGAUUAUCUGGUGAUAGUAAAAGUGACAUUAAAAGUAUUGCACCAAUUUUGUUUUAAAACUAAAGAACGUUGAGCUCUGCAGUGCAAAGGACUGUAGCCGCAGCUGGGACUAGCAAGCCCCGCCCACCGUAAUCGAGGGGGCGGGGUCUAUCUAGCAAGCCCUCCCGCUAGCCCCCUAGUGGGCAAGGAGGGAACAGCACUUUCAGAAUAGGCUUUCAAUGUUUUGGAGGUGCCACACUGCAACCUCUUGUUUACAAGACUUAGGAGGCAGAAGGUGUGUUCAUUCUUCAUUUUAAAGAGAAGAUGGAAUAAAAUAGAAAAUCCUUAAAAAAAUAAAAAAAAACUUUAAAAAAAAACUUUAAAAAAAAAAAAGCUUUAAAAAAUCUAUAAAACAAACAAAAAAACGUAAUCUCUUAUUGAGGAUGAAGACGAUACUUUGUAACUCUGGGAAUUCGGAUCAGUGUUUUUUGGCCAUGGCGUUGGUUAUUUGAACUAUUCCUCUUUGUCUGCUAAAUAACCAGCAAUGGUUCUCAGGAAAUCAAGCCAGUUUUCCCCCCCUUGUAGGUGAAUUAAAAAAAAAAAAAAACUACUACUCCUUGUAGGAAAGGAAAAUCCAACUUCUAGCACUGAAAACUAUGUAUAGGUCUGUAAGUUUUUUUUCUCUGCCAAAUAACUGCUUUAAGCUGGAGAAGCUCAACACACUGCUUUCAAUAUGCUGUCUUGUGAGGGGGGGGGGGGUCCUUAUGCUAGGGGCGGGGAGGGGGGGUCGAGGAUUGGCUGUAAUAAUCCCCUCUCUUCUCCUCCUGUCCUCCACUCCACUGACGUAAAAAUCUAAAGUGGGGAGUGUUUAUUGUGUGCGUGUGAUUGUCAGUUCUGUCUCCUUGUCAGACUUAUAAACCAAGAGAAAGGCGAAUCUGUAUCUAUGCAUACUGUAGCCUCUCACAUGGCCUACUGAGAGGCGUUUUUUUUUGUUCCAAUGUCUGAAAAUGUUUUAAAUGUUUCAUUGAGUACAACAAAUGCGAAAUAUUACUUGCUUUUUUUUUCUUCGUUGUUUUAAUCACUCUCAUUGCCACAAAUGGUGUUUUGAAAAAAAAAAAAAAAAAA